AUGUCUGGAGAUCCUGCUAGUGUUGAAGAUCUUGAGGCACCGCUUAGUAAGGUUGUGCCUGCUGACGAGGAGCUCCCCAAUUUGGACGACAUCGACAUCAUGGAAGAGGAAUCAGUUAAGCCAGCGGGCAAUGUGGAUGGUAUGUUGGAGACAGGAGAAGAAGAUGGCCUUAUCCCCCCUGUGGACGAAGUUAUGCUCGACCCCAAUGGUGACACGGGAGGAGGCUCUACUGGGGAACCUACGACAUCUGAGGACUUUGAUGAAGACGAUGAUGAGAGCGAGGAUGAGGACUACGUGCCGGGGUCGGAGGAUAGCAGCUCUGGAGGUAGCUCGAUAGAUGAGGACGAAGAGGAUUCGGAUGUCCGAGAUGUCGGCGGAGAUCGUAAAGUUCAGGACCUUGAAGUCCCCAGUCAUCAUCAUCAUCAUACUAAGGCUGAAGAGGAGGCCAUGGACAAGAAAGCAAUGGAGGAGUUGGAAGUUGAAGACGAUCAGGUGUCGUUCACUGGUGGGGUUGGUGGCCUUCCUGGUGGGAGUAUGUUCCCGGCGUUACACAAGUUGGUCCUUCAGAACUCUUCUGAUGAUAUUACUGCUUACCUUAAUGAUACUGGUUUUGAAUCAAUGUAUUAUCAGAUAGAUGGUCUAGGACGUUCUCCUCUUCAUUUGGCAUUGUUAUAUGGUUUGACGCGAUCUGCUAAGGCGCUACUUGAGGCCGACGUAGUCUACUGCCAGUCGGCUUUCGAGCGUCGCCUAUCUAAUAUUGAAGUCGAAGGCGUUGGUCAUUUGAAAAUUAUUGAUGGUAAAAUCGUUGUAGUCGAUUCGGAAAAUAUUGUAGUAGAAAGUGGUAUAGAAAAUUUGAGUGAGAAUAUUAGGCAGAAAAUAGAUCUUGUAGAAAAAAAUAAAUUUUCUCGCAGCCUGGCCGCUAGGCCCUUCGACGACCUCCCCACUGUGCAUUUGGCUAUGUCUACUGCUCCGUUCGACGUCGAGGCCUCCAUCGAGCUUGUACGGCUAUUGGCUGACCAUCCUGGCAUUGAGAUCGCCUCUGCCCUGGACUACUACGGUCGUAAUGCUGUCCAUAUCUGUGCUUUGAGUGGUGCUGGUGUGGCUCUUUACGAUGCCAUCACUAAGGGUAUGUCGGAGGAGCAAAUCUACGCCCUUCUGUCACAGAGGGAUCGCUUUGGAUGGUGGCCUUUGCACUACGCCAUUGACAACAAGGACCCAUCUUGUCAAAUGGUCGAAUGUCUGUCCACGUCAGACCAGUUAGUCGAUCAGCAAGUUGACAACCUACAUAUCUUCGUAUUCGCUAUAUCGCGCUAUGCGUGGAGACAGGCCUUCCAGAUCGCCGUGCUCAUGGGUGGACUAAGUGUCAUGCCUGAUGCCGUGCUAGAUCGUGCCGGAUCUGUGGCUGACUCCCAUGGGACCACUGCUGAGUUCGAUGAGCUGAUCGCGGCCUUGGCUGCUGGUCAGUCGGGUCUGCCCGAUGACUUCGAAGAAAGGGCUCUGAGUGGUGGUAGCACUCUGGUCGUCACCGACUCAGGUGUGCUCAAUCAUAUGGGAGUCGACCCUGAGGGCCCGCAUGCAGUCGGUGACCUUCAUAGCCGUCUGAAGCGCUUCACAAGGGUGGUCGAGAAUCCUUCUAGGGUUGAGGUACUCACAGGCGGUGUCACAGGAUCUACUCGAGGCACGGUACACCACCCCGAGUUCGCCUCCAAGCUCUUCUUGGAGACUUCGGUCAGUGACUGCCCUAUGGUGGACAUUCUGCGUGUUCAUGAUUGGAACUACGUCGAGCCUAUCAUUUCGAAGUGUGAAGCUCUAAGGAAGCGAGCGGUGGCUGAAGGUGAGACCAAUAUGAACCGACGCAGUAUGCCAAUUGACAAGACUGAUACAGCAGUCACUGUCGACUCGUGGGCAGCGGCACGAAAGGCCGCUGGCUGUGCGGUACUAGCAACUGACCAGGUUUGCUCUGGUACUGGUUACCGGAACGCUAUGGCGAUCAUUAGACCGCCAGGUCAUCAUGUUGCCUCUCGAGGAGCUGUGAACCCUCAAUUAGAGGACGAAGACGAGGAAGGAGAUGGAUCACAAGGGUUUUGCCUUUUGAAUAAUGUCGCUAUUUCAGCCGCUUACGCCCUAAGCAAUUACAGGUCUACCAUUCAACGUGUUGCUAUUGUCGACUUUGAUGUGCAUCACGGUAAUGGUACUGAAGCUAUCGUCCGCGGUCUGUCUGGACCCGUCACUGUGCGUAAGCAGAUGCGCGUGGCCGGCUGUGAGAUGACUGUCACGAGGUCGAGCCUAAUGCCUUGGGUCGAUCCCUCUACUGAUCGUGAUAAUGUCUUCUUCGCAUCGGUGCAUCGGUUUGAUGGUCGCUUCUAUCCAAGGAGUGGCCCUACUUCACGAGAUGAUGUAGAAAUCACCGCUCGAGGCAAGGGCCAUACGACCGUUACCACUGAGUACGCUGAUGGCACUCAAGAUGUUAUGUCUGAUCACGGCCUGGCCGACCGCAACAUAGUGGACGUCGGUCUGAGCUCAGACUCCAAACCAGAAGAUCUUCGUAAGGCUUUCACUGAUCGGAUACUGCCAGCCUUAAUCCAAUUCUCGCCCGACUUGAUCCUCAUCUCUGCAGGGUUUGAUGCCCAUUUGAGAGACCGUCUCGCACAAGGGGAGUGUGACUUCUCUGAGCGAGAGUUCUAUUGGAUGACUGAACAGGUUAUGGCAGUUGCAGCGCAGACAGCUGAAUGCCGAGUGGUGAGCGUCUUAGAAGGUGGUUACAACACAAAGUCUCAGUGGCUCAGCCCACUUAGUCAAAGUGUUGCAGCACACUUACGUGCGUUGAUGACGGUGAAUGCCAGGAAGUCUGAGGUGGCUACUACCGUUGAGUCGUCACCUGUCGAGGAUCAGCAGCAAGAGACCGUCUCGUCGAGUAAGAGGCCAAUUGAAGAAGAUGAGGAAGAGCUUGAGCUCUUCGGAGAAGAUGUUCCAGACGUCAAGCGACCGCGGUUGGAGAUGGACUCGCCUGAAUUGCUAGAGGAGCUAUAAUCAUUAUCGCUUAUGUAGUUGUAUAUUUCUGCUCACGGCUCUGCUGCCUAUACUGUUGCUGUGCCUAUUGGGAUUCGCCCUGAGACCUCGAAAGAGAGUAUUGGAACUAAUUGCUCACGGUUAGCGAUCUGAAGAACCAUUCGGGUUAGAUUUCGUAGAUACUUGAGGCCGAUUGUCAUCGUUAUUGAACCCUGUCUGUGAAGUGUAGCAUUUGAUAGUAUAAUUAUUGUUGUUAUUGAGAUUACUCUGUAAUGUUGACAGCAGCAACAGUGGCAGCACCCGUGUGAUCAGGAUAUGUAAUAUUAUCUAUCUCCUUCCUUAAACGUCUUUCUUCACCAUGAAAAGGUCGCUUG